AUGGAAUCAAAACUACUGGCACACUUCAACUGCCUUUCCCUCGAUAUCCGCGAAGCCAUGUGGGCCAACCUCCCCGCAGACGAAGAUGGCUGGUGGGGACGCAAAACCUACAAAACAGGCCUCGCCAUUCUCCGCGCAAGUCGCACCCUUUACAACGAAAUAACGACCAUAUGCGACUCCCAUCCCCAGCUGGUAUUCUACCUAACACCCUCACCCUGGGGGUGGAUGACGAUAUCAUACACCGCGGAACACCAUGUCGUACCCAAGACAGGCAUCACCCGAAAACAAGUGGAGUAUUAG